AUGUCUGCCCACCGUCAGUACUACCAGCCCUCGGCAGUUCCCAUGAGCAUGCCCUCCAAGGCACCAGCUCCAGCUAGCAUGUACCCUAUCUCCAGGGUUCCAGGCUCGCCAACAGACUACUCUGAUGCGAGCACCACUGCCGGUAGCCGCACAUCCGGCGGCCUAACAUUUAGCUCCGCUGGCGGGGACUACGACUCCAGCUCAGCUUCAUACUCCGGCGUGGACGUCGUUGACGUCCUGAGCGACCGCAUGCAGAAUGCGUUCGACCCAACACCGCUCGACAAGAGUCUGGCAAGCCAAGCGCAAACUUCCGGCCAGCUGCGCGCAAAGCAACAAGAGCUCCUCGAGCUCCAAGCUAUGGCCCAGCGCCGCAUGAAAGGCCUGCGUGCAAACUUCAACGAAGGACUCAAGACUGCACGAGAAACCAAGCGGGAUCUCGAAUGGACCCAGAAGCGCGUCAGCGCCCUCAAAUCUAAGGCCGAGAAGGCCCACCCGGAUGAAUACCGUCGGGCAUCGAAGAAGUACACCUACGACGACUACUGA